UCCCCACCUCUCUCUCUCUCUCUCUCUCUCUCUGGUAAUAAUACCGGCCAGUGGUGUCAGAUUCCGGCCACCACCAUCUCUAUUUAUUUAUUUUUAAAUAAUUAUAAUUGGAUUUAUAUAAACACAUCCCAUUCGUUCCUCUCCUUUUGCCCCUACAUUUUCGCACUUUCUUCUUUUGCUCUUCUACUCCUCCUCCUCCUCCUCAUUCAACCCACAAAAGAAUACAUACUUUUACACGCCCCCGCGUAUUGAAUUUGCUAAAUACGUGAACAAAUUAGUCCGAAUUGAUCUGAUUUUUGGCAUCGAAUGGCGAUGAAUAGAGCAUUAUUACCGGAGAUGUUGCAGUGUACGGACAUGACUGUACUGGACAGGCAACGGGCUCGCUUCAAAUGGCAACAGGAUCACAACUUUCAACAACAAGUGCAAGAGAAUUUCUUCGGCGAGUUGGGCGGAGUGUUUUCGGUACCCAAUCCGGUUCAGGGUUUUCAGAAUGGGUUCGACCCGGUACUGCUUAAGCCCGACCCGGAGAUGGAAAACGGAUGGCCUAAUUUUGUGGGAUUCGGGCCUUGUGGGUACGGCAAUGGACCGGGUUUUGACGUCAAUUACGGCAUUUCAAGAACCGCUAGUUGUCCACCAACGGUGGCAGCGGCAGCUGCAGCGGCGGAGGCGGCCGUGGAAAACAGAGAGUUAGCUUUGCCAGAAAAGAUAACUUCUUUGGCUGCCAAAGAGAGUUCCAAGAAGAGAAAACUAGAUAAGUUGCAAAAUACUAAGAUUGUUGUUGGAGAAGAUGACCCAAAAGAGAAGAGGAUCAAAGGAUCUGAAGAAGAUGGAGAGUCCAAGAAAACAGAGCAGAACACCAACAACAAUAAAACCAGUAGCAGCAACAGCAAUAAUACCACCACAAAGAACAAGAACAAGAACAAGAAAGAAAAUUCUGCUGAUACUUCAAAGGAAAACUCAAAAGUCUCUGAUGUUCAAAAGCCUGAUUACAUCCAUGUCCGGGCUCGCCGCGGUCAAGCCACUGACAGCCACAGCUUGGCUGAAAGAGUGAGGAGGGAAAAGAUCAGUGAGAGAAUGAAGUAUCUGCAAGAUUUAGUCCCUGGUUGCAACAAAAUCACAGGAAAAGCUGGAAUGCUAGAUGAGAUUAUCAACUAUGUUCAGUCUCUUCAAAGACAAGUAGAGUUCUUGUCAAUGAAACUUACUGCUGUUAAUCCAAGACUUGACUUCAACAACAUUGACAACUUAUUUGCAAAAGAGGAGUUUCCUGCUAAUACAGCUAAUAACAAUAUCUCCACAAUUGGUAUGUCAUCAGACAUGAACAAUCCUGCUAGUUUCCUUCAGUUUUAUCCAGUUCAACAACAAUUGAUUUCAUCUACCGGGAUCGAAAUGUCGAUGAUUAAUCCUACGGAUAUGGGACUAAGAAGAACGAUUAGCGCUCCUGUAUCGCUCCCGGAAACAUUUAUCAAUUCAUCUUGCUUCACUGCAACACCAACUUGGGAUGCUGAUUUACAUAAUCUCUACAAUAAUGUGACUUUUGAUCAAGGAAGAUCCUUUACAUCUCAACCAUUUACAGGUCCCAUUGAAGCUAGCAAUCUAAAAAUGGAGAUCUGAAUUGGAUAUCAACCAUUGGAUUUCUUGAAUGAUUUACUCCAAGGAAGAUUCAUUGUUUUACUUUCUUCAAGUACAUAGCUUAUAUAUAUAUAUUUGUAUGUAUACUUUCAAUAUAGUAUGAACAAGUUAUAUACUUAUUAGCCUCAAUAACUUCUUUUACUGCAUUUGAAUCACUAACUAUGAUGUAUGGACUUUUCAUUUUACCCUACCGUACCGAUAUCGGGUAUGCAGGACAUGGGUAUUGGUAUGAUACCUGAAUUCUUCAUUUUA